AUGGUUGUACCAAUGAGUGAAUGUUACAAUUUUGUUGUGCAUGGGGCAAGAGGUAGAUGGACCUCAAUCUUCGCAUCGUUUCUUAUCAUGGCCACUUCUGGUGCAACAUACAUUCUUCCAAUCUACUCCAAGGAUAUCAAGAGAAAUCUUGGAUACAGCCAAUCAAUGCUCAGUACAUUGAGCACAUGGAAUGAAAUUGGUUCAAACGCUGGGAUUUUGUCUGGACUUGUAGCUGAGGUCACUCCCACAAAGUUCAUGUUAGUAGUGAGCUCUGUCGCCAACUUCCUAAGCUACCUCAUGAUAUGGCUGGCCGUCACCGAAAAGAUUCACAGGCCACAAUUUUGGCUCAUGUGUGUCUACAUGUUCAUUGGGGCCAAUGCUCAGAACUUUGCAACCACAACAUCUCUUGUCACUUCUGUCAAGAAUUUUCCAGAGAGGCGAUCUAUGGUGUUGGGUCUCUUGAAGGGUUACUUCGGGCUUAGCGGGCCUAUACUUACUCAAAUUUACGUAUUCAUUUAUGGGGAUGAUUCAACAUCUUCAAUUCUGCUAGCAGCGUGGCUCCCAACAUCAAUAUCACUGAUAGUUAUGUACACAGUUGGAGAGAAGGCGGUUAAGAUUAAGCAACCGAAUGAGCUUAAAGCAUUUUUUCACUUUCUCUAUCUAUCUGCUGUGCUUGCUGUGUAUUUGAUGACCAUGGCUCUAGUUAAAGAAUACGUGGCCUUUUCUCGAGUGGCUAAUGUUGGAAGUGCAGUAGCGUUGUGCAUCUUCUUGUUUGCACCUGUUGUGGUCGCCUCUCGACAAGAAAUAUUCAUUUGGAGGCAGAUGAAAGCACCUCCCACUACAAUAAUUGUUGAAAGCCCUCAAAGCGUUGAGCAAGAACAAAACUCUUCAGCCAAUCAAGCGGAAGAAGAUACUAUCAUUGUUGAGGAAGAACAAAAUUCUUCAGCUGAUCAAGCGGAAGAGGAUACAAUUAUUGUUGAGGAAGAUCAAAAUUCUUCAGAGGAGACAAAAACAUAUUUCUUUGCGGCCAUUUUUAACAAACCGGAAAGAGGACAAGACUAUGGAAUAUUGCAAGCAUUAUUGAGCAUUGAUAUGCUUAUCAUCUUGCUUGCAACAUUAGUUGGAGUUGGCUCUUGCUUGGCGGCCUUAUACAACAUGUCGGAAAUCGGUGAUGCGCUUCAAUAUGAGCCUAAGGCGGUAGUCAUCUUAUUGUUGCUGAUUAACUUUUGGAAUUUUGCGGGGCGAGUGUUAUGUGGUUUCAUAUCUGAAAAAUUAGUUAUGAAAUAUAAAGUUCCUCGCCCCCUUAUGUUAUCAGCAAUUCUUUUUCUCUCAUGCAUCGGGCUGCUGCUCAUCGCGUUCCCCUUCAAGGAUUCACUGUUUUUGGCAUCAGCAAUCAUUGGUUUUGCACUUGGUGCACAACUGCCACUUGUUUUGGCCAUAAUUUCUGACAUUUUUGGCCUUAAGCACUAUUCCACUUUGUUCAACUGUGGACAAAUGGCAGGUUCAGUUGGCUCAUAUUUGUUAAAUAAGGAGCUCACUGGAAGCAUCUACGAUGCAGAGGCAAUGAAGCUGCAUAGAAUGGAGGGUUUAGGAAAGCCACUGGUUUGCCAGGGAAAAAAAUGUUUUGGCCUGUCUUUUACGAUUAUGGCCAUUGUAACAUUUUUUGGAGGUUUAAUUUCCUUGAUUCUCGCUGCAAGAACGCGAGAAUUUUACAAAGGUGAUAUAAACAAAAGGUACAGAGGUGAUGAUGAGAAGACUGAGGUGGCAUCAUCUUUAGCUGAUGAAGUGGCCGUGGAAUGA